GCAGCUGAGUGCGAUUUCUUGGAUGAGUGGAGAAAGCUCUCACGGCUCAGGCUGCUGCAGAUUUGUGGCGGUUUCGUGCUGAUGCUGAGCAGCCGCACAUCGGCUUUGCUGCUGACGUCACAUCCCAGCCACGGGAAGUAUACGCAAGACCUUGCGCAGGAUGUCGUUACGAUCACCGCCUUUGCGGCCAUGGCCGUGUGCUUCUGCGCCGCUUGCUACUGCACGCUCCACAUCACGGCUGGCCUGGAGCUAGCAGUCGACAGCUUUGCAGUGCGUUGCUUCAAGACGGCUGAUAUGGAGGCCGCGGUGCUGGAAUGGAACGUGGUGCAGGCAACCUUGCGGCAGACUUCCUGCAAGCUCAGCGAGUUUCUGGCGGUGCUGGCGUCCUCGUGCAUCAUCUCCAUGAUCCUGUUUGCCUACCAGGUCGUGUCCUUAAGCCUCUCCGGCCAUGGAACUGCCCUCUUGGACCUGGGGCUGUGGCUGGGAUGGCUCUACCCUCCCGUGCUGCUCUUCCUCUACAGCCUCACCAGUGCCGCAGCCGUCACAGAGAAGGUGGACCGACUCGCACCACUAGUGAACUCAUGGGCAUUCAAGAGUGAUGAAGUCUUGGAUGAAUCUCGCCAGUAUCUUGUCCAGUACAUACUGCAGAGCCGCGCAGGCUUCUACACCAGAGGAAUCCGAGUCUCCGCAUCCAACGUACAGAAGAUUUGCUACUACUUUGCAGCCGGGUCCUUUGGUCUGCUUGCGAACUUCUGGCAGUAG